UAGAAUUUUUUUUUUUUUUUUUGAUGCGUCUGAAUGAUUAUUAUAAUACAAUAACAAUAACAAUAACAAGUGUUUUUCCGGCUAAGGGUAUGAGGAGUUUAAAGCCGUUGGGCAUGUUGAUUGAAGUUUUGAAGUAUAUAUUUCGUGUUGGAAACAACAGAAAUGCAAUGAUUUUGUAGGAAUAUUCCAAUCCGCCGGGUUCGAAUCCGGGUCUAUACGCCACUUCACAUGGAUCGGAAUGUUCUCUUCACAAUACCCCUCUUCAUAAUUAAUUAACCCAACCCUCCUCCUCCUGCAACUUCAUUUGGCCUUGUGGCCUUUGUAUAUAAAUUCCCAGUCUCUGCAAUAGAUGCAAUUUUUUCUCCUAAAACAAAAAAGACUCCAUUCUUUUUGGGUUGUUGGGUAUCUAUUUCAAUUGAAUUAUAGAUCGGCCAGUUGAUUGAUUGAUUGAUUGGAAGGAAGAGAAUGAGGAAUGAUAGGAACAGAUCUCAGGGUCGUAAAUCGGAACGGAGCCGUAGUUUAUUGUCCAGUUCUGUACGUGCUAUUUCGUCUGUUGCUUCCUCUCUGCGCUUUGCUGGGGCUUCCAUCGCUUCUACAGUUUCUGCGUCUGAGGACGACCGCCACAGAGAACAGGUACAAUGGGCAGGUUUUGACAGACUGGAAUUGCCAACAGGCAUUAGUCACCGCAUUCUUCUGCUUGCAUAUGUAACUGGUUUCCAAGUUUGGGACAUUGAGGAAGUAGAUAAUGUGCGUGAGGUGCUCUCAAGGCGUGAUGGCCCUGUUGCAUUCCUACGAAUUCAACCACAACCAAUUACUGUGGACAAAGAGGAUAGUGGCUUUCAAGCUGCCUCACCUUUAUUGUUGGUUGUUACUGGUGAUGCUGCUGUCAGUGAAAGCAAAGUUCCAGGCACACUUGGUAUUGGAUACACUAAUGGUGGGAUUGUUUCACUGCAAUCAGAGAUUAGUAGUUUUAUACCUACAGUUAUUUGUUUUUAUUCUAUGAAAACCCAUGCUUAUGUCCAUAAACUGCGUUUUCGAUCUGCUAUAUACUCGGUGCGCUGCAGUCCACGAAUUGUAGCUGUUGCCCUUACAAAUCAAAUCUUUUGUUAUAAUACGGCAACUCUUGAGUUAAUGUUCAAUGUGCCAUCCUAUCCUAUUCCUCAAGGAGGUCAGGGACCAGGAAGUGUAAAUAUAGGCUAUGGUCCGAUGGACGUUGGUCCAAGGUGGUUAGCAUAUGUAGCAACUCAUGCUUUUGUAUCAACCAGUGGUCGCAUAAACCCCCAAAGUGUUAGCUUGGCAACAGCGCCCCUUAAUGGAAGCACAGUGGCACACCUUGCAAAAGAAUCCAGCAAGCAAAUUGCUGUUGGGAUUGUUACCCUUGGAGACAUGGGAUACAAGACUUUGACCAAGUACUGUUCUGAGCUUAUUCCUGAUAGUUUUAGUCCUCCAACAUCAGGAAAUGUCAAUUGGAAAAAUCAUACAGAUGCUGCAGUUGGACAUGACUCUGAAAAUAUUGGGACGGUGAUUGUGAGAGAUUUUGUUAGCAAUGUAGUUGUUGCUCAAUUUAGACCACACAGUAUACCCAUUUCUGCAUUGUGCUUUGACCCCAGUGGCACUCUUCUGGUUACUGCAUCAAUUAAUGGUCAUAACCUCAAUGUUUUUCGCAUUAUGCCCUAUGCAUUAGGGAAUGGUUCUUGCUCUACUGGUUCUAAUGUGAAUGCAUCACACAUACAUCUAUACAAGCUGGUUCGUGGGGUGACAAAUGCGGUCAUACAGGACAUCAGUUUCAGUGAUGACAGUAGUUCAAUUGCUGUCAGUUCCUCCAGAGGAACAAGCCACUUAUAUUCAAUAUCACCAUUUAGUGUGGUAGGAAGUCCACAUAAUCAUGUAAGUGUGAUUGUGGACAGUAGUAUAGGAUCUCCAAUGGUUCAAGGUUUAACUGUUAUGUGCCCUUGGUCAAGUCCACGGUUGAAGGGCAAUCAGCUACCUAUACCCCGACAUCCAACAAUACUGUCAGCUGUAUGCAAGGUAAGGAAUGGUAAUGAUGGAUGGUGCAGUACCAUCAGCAAUGCUGCAGCUGCAGCAAGAGGGAAGCCAAAUGUUUCAUCUGGUGCUGUUGCAGCUGUUUUUCACAAUGGGGGCAAUCAUUGCCUGGAAUCACAGCUUGGGAAUUCUACAAUUAAGAAUCAAUUGUGGGGUUUCUCACCUCCUGGUCAUGUUGUACAAUAUGCUUUGCACCCUAAUGCUGCAAUAGACAUAGUGCACUACAGUCAUCCAGAAGUUGCUUCAGGUUCUAGCGGAUCAAUACAAACAGAGGACUUCAGAUAUGAGGAACUCCAGCGCUGGGAUGUUGGUCGAAAAUUAAACAUGGAUGAGCGACAAGAUGACAUAUAUGAACUUGUUGGAACAAGUGUUAAGAAAGAACGGGCAACUGCCUGGGCAGGUUAUAGAAAUGUGAGAAUCCAUGCUGAAUCUGAUGGCAGUGAACAGUUAGUAAAGGAAGACAAGAUGACUGAAGAGAAACAUAGUUGGUACCUCUCAAAUGCUGAAGUGCAUACACACCAAGAAAGACCUGCAAUAUGGGUCAAACCUGAGAUAUAUUUCCAUAAAAUUAUGGUGGAGGCAGCAGUCGAAAAAGGAUCUUAUGAGGAAGGAGAAAUUGAAAAGUUUCCAACACGUGUUGUUGAAAUUAAGAGUAAAGAUUUGAUGCCACUGGCAAGCAAUGUUGUGUCGAGUAACCUGCCAGAUGCUUCAGCUUUAGUAGUCAAUCAGAUAACGAAUGGGUGUACACAAACUGUAACUAAUGGCAUUGGUGUAGGAAGUACCAAAAUUCAGCAUCUUAACUGUAGUCUUAACUCUCAUGACAGUGUGUCUGAUUUCAUGGUACAAACUUGCUCAACUUCACAGUCUGCUUUUGAAAUGACAAACGGUUCAACCUUUGAUUUGUCAAACAUUGAUCUAAAUGGAUGGAACCAGGGUGAUGUUUCCAAGAUGCACGCAUUUGAGAACUACCCUCGCAUACAUGGGGACUCAAAUAUUCUUGUUCAUGGCCAUGAGUUUAGAAAAGAAGAUUCAGUUAAGAGUGCAGGUAAUUUAGGAGUUAUAGAUGAAGACUAUGUAAAUGGCCUGGGGAACCAUGUAGGGACAAAUGGCAAUCGGACUUUAUCUCCUGAUGAUAAUUCUGAUUCAUUUGGUUCAAGUACUUGGGAUGUUAGUGCUGAAGGUGAAACUGUUUCACCUUCUUCGGUACUACAGACUACAAGCAUCUCAAAACAGUGUUUGCAUGAAAUCCUGCUACAAUGCAAUAAUAAAUCCAAAUCACGAGAAGUAGCUAAGAGUGUAGAUUCCUAUGGUAAAGAAGGUAGCCUCUCAGGUGGAGUAAAUGACGAGGAUGCCUUACAGAAUGAAACUGUAGAAGAUACUAAGAUUGAAGAUUCCUCUGUUAAAGAAAGUAGCUCGACAGCUGAGGAUAAUCACGAGGAUGCCUUUGGGGGCAUGUUCUUUUGCGAGCAAGAAUGAGGAGUGUGUAUAUAUGGAGAUUAAUUGACAGUAUGCAUUCAAGCAAAUCCAUUCUUGACCUAUUUCAAGCGAAGCUGCUUGAAUGUACAGUGUUGUUUAUUCUUAGCUAGCAGAUGUUAAAAUCUGCAACCUAAAGCUUGAUAUCAAUGGUGUAAAUAUGAAACUGACAUAACAGUAGAAUCUGCAUGCAUAUGCCAUUUGGUUCCAAAGUAAACUGUUUCACAUGCAACUAAUUUGAUUUCAUGAAUGAGAUUGAGAGAAACUGGCGGCAUUCCUAUCUUGGAGACAAACUGUCAAAUUGGACCAACUCAUAUGGAUUAUCACCAGUAUUUUGUUCAUUAGUUGGGGUGGUGAGGAAUGGUAUGUCCAAUAAAUGUAACAUUAUUUAGUUCUUUAUGUAUAGAAUCCUGCCAACCUGCAAUAUAUACUUAGAAGGAAGGAAUCAUUAUUUCAAUGAGUUGCUCUGGUCAUGUACAGGCUGGAGAGUGCUCCUGAUUUCAUGUCAACUUGUUCCUUUGUUCCAUUGGUGGUUGCUGCUAGGAUAAAUUUGCCCUUCCAUGUGAUUUUAAGUUGUACACAUGUUGUAAAAGGUUUGGCUGUGUACAUAAUACCCAUAUUUGAUUGGUGCUCGGGGUGGCAGUGAAGGAUCCAAUUUUUUAAUACUAUAAUUCAUCAAUUUAUUCUGGUUGUGGCUUUUGCUUUGUCAUGAGCCAGAGCUAAAACAUCAAUUUGAUGUGUUCAUUUCUUAAGCAAUAUCAUUUCCUCAGCUAUUGUUUCCUAA